AGGCCAGGGCUGGGCCCAGCAGCCAUGGUGGCAGUGCCUCUGGGAUCACUGCUCUAAAACUGCUGCUCAACAGCAGCCAGGGGGAGAAUAUGCGAGGGAAACAGCCCUGCAGACACCAGGCUGGUGAGGAAGGAGGGGUAGGAGGUGGCCCAGGAGCUGGAGCAGAGAUUCCCCUGCAGCCCCUGGUGCAGCCCAUGGUGAUGCAGCUGUGCCCUGCAGCUCGUGGAGAUCCCUGGGGGAGCAGAGAUCCACCUGGAGCCCAUGGAGAUCCCUGGGGGAGCAGAGAUCCACCUGGAGCCCAUGGAGAUCCCUGGGGGAACAGAGAUGCUCCUGCAGCCCAUGGAGAUCCCUGGGGGAGCAGAGAUGCUCCUGCAGCCCAUGGAGGUCCAUGGGGGAGCAGAGAUCCAUCUGCAGCCCAUGGAGAUCCCUGGGGGAGCAGAGAUGCUCCUGCAGCCCAUGGAGAUCCCUGGGGGAGCAGAGAUCCACCUGGAGCCUGUGGAGAUCCCUGGGGGAGCAGAGAUCCAUCUGGAGCCCAUGGAGGUCCAUAGGGGAGCAGAGAUGUCCCUGCAGCCUGUGGAGAUCCCUGGGGGAGCAGAGAUUCACCUGCAGCCCAUGGAGGUCCAUGGGGGAGCAGAGAUGUUCCUGCAGCUCAUGGAGAUCCCUGGGGGAGCAGAGAUGCUCCUGCAGCCCUUGGAGAUCCCUGGGGGAGCAGAGAUCCACCUGGAGCCCAUGGAGAUCCCUGGGGGAGCAGAGAUGCUCCUGCAGCUCAUGGAGGUCCAUGGAGGAGCAGAGAUCCAUCUGGAGCCCAUGGAGAUCCCUGGGGGAGCAGAGAUGCCCCUGCAGCCCAUGGAGAUCCCUGGGGGAGCAGAGAUGCCCCUGCAGCCCAUGGAGAUCCCUGGGGGAGCAGAGAUCCAUCUGCAGCCCAUGGAGAUCCCUGGGGGAGCAGAGAUCCAUCUGGAGCCCAUGGAGGUCCCUGGGGGAGCAGAGAUGCUCCUGCAGCCCAUGGAGAUCCCUGGGGGAGCAGAGAUGCCCCUGCAGCCUGUGGAGGAGCCCACAGCAGAGCAGGUGGAUGCCUGAAGGAGAUUGAGAGCCUGUGGGAAGCCCAUGGAGGAGCAGUCUCUUGGUAACAGGAUCUGCAGCCCUGGGGAGAGAGGACUCCAUGCUGGAGCAGGUUUGGAGGCAAGAGCACCAAGAACUGCAGCCUGUGGAGAGACCCCACACUAGAUAUGGAAGAAUGUGAGGAGUUUUCACCCUGAGAAGGAAGGAGAAGGACGAGUGAUGAGCUGAACACUUUGUGAGCUUCCAUUCCUCAGGGAUCCCUGCACUGCAGGGAAGGAGCAGGGAGGGAG